CGCCGGAGCGCGGAAACCUGCCUGGUCGCUGGAAAGUCAAUCUAUCUGGGAUCGGGACUCCCGUGCAGUUUUUGCUUCGGUACUUUUUUAAUAAGGCCAGGGUUUGUCAUUGGCGCUCCUUCCAAAGCUUUCGCCAGGCUUCUUCUUCAGGCCGGAAAGAUCCAAAACCAACCCUUCCUCGGACCACAAAAUCCAGUCUUUCCGAUCCAUUACUUUCUCAAGAAACACGAGGCAAACUGUAUAAUCAUUUCGAACAGCAACAUCAUGUCAGCAGAAGAAGGUUAUGUGGAUGUCUCUUUGGCCCAAGAUGGUGGGAUUAUGAAGAAAAUUCUGGAGGAGGCUCCCGAUGGAGCUCGUGGUCCUCCUCCGAAUGGUUGGGAAGUCACGGCGCAUUACACGGGCACCUUGGCGAGUGACGGAUCCAAGUUUGACUCUAGCAAAGAUCGAGGCAAACCGUUUGUGUUUACCAUUGGCAAGGGACAAGUCAUCAAGGGUUGGGACGAAGGAUUCCAAUCCAUGAAAAUAGGAGAAAAGGCCAUUCUAUCGUGUCGGUCUGACUACGCAUAUGGCGACCAUGGCCAUCCUCCCAAGAUUCCCGGUGGCGCCCAGCUCAAUUUUGAAGUGGAGCUGUUGGACUUCAAGGAAAAGGAGGUGGAAAAAUGGCAAAUGACGGAAGCGCAGCGCAUUGAAAAAGCGACAAAGCUAAAAGCGGAAGGAACGGAGCUAUUCAAACAAAAGAAAUUUGCCGAAGCGGCGCAAAAAUACACCAGUGCUACCAGUUAUGCCGUGGGAGAAGGGAUCACUGGCGAUGACAUUCCAGAAGCAGAGCGUCCUCUGUUUGUUGCCUCCUGUUCCAAUGCUGCCAUGUGUUUUUUGAAGACCAAGGAUUACCCAGAAGCCAUUCAUGCCUGCAACCAAGUGCUGGAAAUUGAAGCGGAGGCGACCACGAACAUCAAAGCACUCUUUCGCCGUGGUACGGCUCGUAUGAAUAUGGGACUCCUCAAAGAAGCCAAGGAAGAUUUCAUGACAGCCUACAAUCACGACAAGACCAACAAGGAUGUACGCAAGGCAUUGCAAGAACUAAAGGCAAAACACGAGGAAAACAAAAAGAAGGAAAAGGCUGCCUUUGGAGGACUCUUUGCCAGUGGAGGCUCUUCUCUAUAUGACGAAAAGCCUGGAAUUAUUGCGCCCAAUGCCAACAAGGACAAUCCGCAUGUCUGGUUCGAAAUGAAACAGGGAGAGGAAACACUGGGCAAGAUCGUGAUGCAGAUCUACAAGGACAUUACCCCCAAAACAGCAGAAAAUUUCAGAUGCCUCUGUACGGGGGAAAAAGGAGAUGGACUCCAUUACAAGGGAUCAACCUUUCAUCGCGUUAUCAAGGACUUUAUGAUUCAGGGUGGUGACUUUACCAACGGCGAUGGCACCGGUGGCAAGUCCAUCUACGGAGAAAAGUUUGCCGAUGAAAACUUUGUCAUCAAGCACACCAAGGCUGGACAGCUAUCGAUGGCUAACGCUGGACCUGGAACCAAUGGAAGUCAAUUCUUCCUUACCUGUCGGGAUACACCCCACUUGGACGGUAAGCACGUGGUCUUUGGGCAUGUAGUGGAAGGAAUGGAUGUUGUGCGGACCAUUGAAAAUACAGACAUGUUGCCCGGAGACAAACCAGAAACGCCAGUCAUCAUUGCGGACUGCGGGCAAAUGGAUGCAUCUUAUCAGCCUUAGUGAUGCAAUAGCAUCGAUGAUGUUUCUUGGACGAGGGAGCAAGCUGCAGAUACUGGUUUAGCUUAGUAAUUGAAGAUCCAAAAUUCACCAGAAGAAAAAAAUCUCAAAGGCAGCUACUAGCUAGUAGAUCCGAAUGGAGGGAGUAACAGCGUCGACUUUGGACUGACUUGAAAGAUUGCACUAAACUAACAAAGUCCCUAUGAACUCCAGAAAGCUGCCCUCGCACGGUGAAUACGCCGGUGAUUAGUUGAAUUGGGUUGAAUUGAUGGAAAGAAUAUGGCAGCCAAAAAAUCCAUCAGCGAAUGAGUGUAAGGUAUGGCGUGGACGAACAGUCCCAGCCCAUGUCAAGUGAUGUGGUUAUGUGAGUGGAUCGUGGGAGUGUUCCUGUGGUUUGAGGGGAACGGAGUGGAAAAGAAUGAUUGGGUGACCAGUGGAUUGAUUCCAAUCAUUCACCCAAUUAUUCCUGGGUGUUGUUUUGUUCUCGAGUGUCUACUAUGCAAACUACAGGUAGUUACCAACGACUCCAUCCGACAAUCACGCAACUCUCAAACCAUGAUCUCUCCUGCUACCGUACCGUACAUAAUGUGGGAUGAUGGGGAUGGCAAAAUCAUCUUAAACUCCUCCGUGCUUGGAUUGAUGUAUACAAUUUGUUUCUUUUCCUUUCUUCUGUGGUGGGCAAAAUCAGGAUGCUCCCGUUCUGGUUGUUGCCUUGUUGUUCGUUUGAAUUUGUGUACCGUAUAUUAUGGCCACCCAUCCUUCCUUGCAACCACUAGCUAGAUAGUACUCCUACCGUACCGUAUAGGAAGCUUUCUAAGGCCGUGUCAUCUCUUCGUCCUCUGGUUCUUUUCCAAUUAAUUUGGCAACCACAGGUGUCAAGACGACUGUGGGAGGGAAUCGAAUGGGACUGGCGGCUUUGUGUGCGGCAUAGGCAAUGGCGGCGGUUCCCGCGGUUUCCGAUGCCGACGACGUUUCAAUGCCCACCUUGGCCAAGAGAGCUCCGACAUCGACGCCACUAUCGACCAGUACGUAGCAAAUGGUAAAACUGACAAUGGCCAGGGGAAUGGAGGUGGCCAGAUAGGCAAUUCCGUACUUUUUCAAAAGGGACUUGGCCGAUUCGCCACCAUCCUUAGAUUUCAUCGAUUCGAAGAGUCCCGCUUCCAAACCGUACUUUUCCGUCGUCUCUUCGACAUUGGCUGUCUUGGAUUCCUCCUUUUCGGGUGCCACGACAAACAAAGUUUGGUGUUGCUGCUGUAGGGAUCCCGAGCGACUUCGAGAAAUGGGUUGAAAUGCGGACAACGUGGAGGUCAGAAGAGCCACACUUCCUACCAGCACCAUCAGAAACCUAGUUGUUGGAACCAUCUUGACAAUAUAGAUAACCUUUUAAACAGACAAAGAAUUGGUAACACAACACGCGCUUGGAUCUUUUAUCACUGUGAUGAAAGCAUGAAAGCAAAGAAGCAAAAAAUUGUAGAGGUGGCAGCA